CGAGCUCAUUCUGGCCCUGGACUGGUCCUCGCACACACAUGCACACACACAUAUCCACACACAUAUAAACUAGUACCUUGAAACGAGGCAGAGUUGAAAACCCGGAGCGAUUCAAUUAGCGCUCCUCCGACGGAUCCCUGGCGUGGACAUUUUUAAAUUUUUCAUCACAGCCUCCUUUGGAUUUUUUUUUUCUCCCUUCAUGUGCGUCUCUUUGCGCAUCGAGCCCGGACGCUGCUGAGGUGUGUUUUGAGCGACUGAAGCCAUUCCGGAGAUGAAAUUGUAAACGCUCGUUGAAUGGGAAACACCAACAGAGAGACACCGCUGCCUUUCCCCCAUCUUGACAAACACGCUCACCCUUCCGUUGGUGAGAUUUGCGCACCGGAGACCGGAGCCGGUGUCUGCGCUCUGCCGGGCCGGGCGCGCGUCGUCUGGGAGGAGUAGGCAGGAUGGAGGCGUUUUUUGCAGAGGGGGCCCGGGUUUGGGUCAGAGAGAAGGAACAGCUGGUUCCAGCCACCGUCAACUCCUGUGGAGAUGGUACCCUCGUGGUUACGACUGACUAUGGAGAGGUGUUGUACCUGCAGCAGGCCGAGGUCACCAGGGAGCGAGUGUACGCUAUGCACCAGUCCAGCAUCGACGGGGUGGAGGACAUGUCAGCGCUGGCCGAGCUGCACGAAGCCGCCAUCAUGCACAACCUGUACCAGCGCUACCAGAAGGAUAACAUCUAUACCAACAUCGGCAGCAUUCUGGCAGCUGUGAACCCGUACAAGCAGAUCUCUGGCCUGUACGACCCAGAGAGGGUGGACUUGUACUCCAAACACCAUCUGGGCGAACUCCCUCCACACAUCUUUGCUGUGGCCAACGAAUGCUACCGCUGCAUCUGGAAACGCCACGACAGCCAGUGUGUCCUCAUCAGUGGUGAAUCGGGUGCAGGGAAGACGGAGAGCACCAAGCUGUUGUUGCAGUUUCUGUCGGUGAUGAGCCAGAAAUCAGUCGGGACGCCACCGUCGGAGAAAACUACACGUGUGGAGCAGGCCAUCGUGCAGAGCAGUCCGAUCAUGGAAGCGUUCGGUAACGCCAAGACAGUUUACAACAACAACUCCAGUCGCUUUGGGAAGUUCAUCCAGCUUCACUUCUCUGAGGGCGGCAACAUCCAAGGAGGCUGCGUCAUUGACUAUUUACUGGAAAAGAAUCGAGUAGUACGACAAAACCCUGGAGAGCGAAACUACCACAUCUUCUAUGCUCUGCUGGCAGGAGCGAGUAAAGAGCAUAAAAGCCUCUACUUCCUGGAGGAGACCGCUGAAUCUUUCCACUACCUCAGCCAAUCAGGAUGUCUGAAGGACAAGAGCCUGAAUGACAAGGAGCUGUUCAACAGUGUUAUGGAGGCGCUGAAGGUUUUAGAGUUUACAGAGGAGGAGAUCAGAGACAUGUUUAAGCUGCUCUCGGGAGUCUUACAGCUCGGCAACAUCGAGUUCAUGACUGCAGGAGGAGCCCAGAUCACCACCAAGCAGGUGGUCACUAAUGCCAGUGAGCUGUUGGGUCUGGAUGCCUUCCAGCUGUCUGAAGUCCUGACUCAGCGCUCCAUAAUCCUCAGAGGAGAGGAAAUCUGCUCCCCACUCACUAUCGAGCAGGCCGUAGAUUCUCGAGACUCUGUUGCCAUGGCGUUGUAUUCCCAGUGUUUCUCCUGGAUCAUCCUCAAGAUCAACCAGAAGAUCAAAGGGAAGGAAAACUUCAAAUCCAUCGGCAUCCUUGAUAUCUUCGGUUUUGAGAACUUUGAGGUGAAUCGAUUCGAGCAGUUUAACAUCAACUACGCCAACGAGAAGCUGCAGGAGUAUUUCAACAAGCAUAUCUUCUCCCUGGAGCAGCUGGAGUACAACAGGGAAGGUGUUCAGUGGGAUGCGAUCGACUGGAUGGACAACGCAGAGUGUCUCGACCUCAUAGAGAAGAAACUGGGCUUGUUGGCUCUGGUGAAUGAAGAGAGUCGAUUCCCUAAAGGAACAGACUUCACUCUGCUGGAGAAGCUGCACAGCCGACACUCUACGAACCCUUACUAUGUGAAGCCCAGACUUGCUGAUCAUCAGUUUGGUAUCAAACAUUACGCUGGAGAGGUUCUGUAUGAUGUUCGAGGAAUCUUGGAGAAGAACAGAGACACCUUCAGAGACGACAUCCUGAACAUGCUCAAAGACAGCAGGCUGGACUUCAUCUACGACUUGUUUGAGAAGGUCGGCAGCAGGAACAACGAGGAGAAGAUGGGAACAGCCAGACGUAAACCCACAGUGAGCUCCCAGUUCAGGGACUCGCUUCAUGCUCUCAUGGCCACUCUUAGUGUUUCCAAUCCUUUCUUCAUUCGCUGCAUUAAACCCAAUAUGGAAAAGAAUCCAAAUGUGUUCAGCCCAGAGGUUGUCCUUAACCAGCUGAGGUAUUCUGGGAUGUUGGAGACUGUAAAGAUCCGUCGUGCUGGAUUCCCCGUUCGUAGGACUUUCAAAGAUUUCUUCUCUCGAUAUAAGAUCAUUUCCAAAGAAAAAGUACCAACAGCAGGUGACGAUAAGAAGAGAAGCACAGACCUUCUAACUAAAUACGACAAGACCAAAAAAGAGUGGCAGUUAGGAAAGACUAAGGUGUUUAUGAAAGAGUCUCUGGAGCAUCGUAUAGAGAAAGACAGGGAUGAAGUCCGGCGCCAAGCUGCCAUGAUAAUCCGAGCCCACCUACUCACUUUCUCCGCCAAGAAGCACUUCAAACGCGUCCGUAUCAGCGUCGUCACCCUCCAGAAACACUUACGAAGGCACAUCCAGCACCAACGGUUCACAACGCAACGCAAGGCGGUGCUGGUGCUGCAGAAACACAGACGAGGUCAGGUGGCUCGGACUCGUGUCAGAAAACUCAAAGAGGAAAAGAAGAAAAAGGAGGAAGAACAGAGGAAGAAAGAAGAGGGAGAGAAGAAAGCGGCGGGUGAAGGAGGACAGGAGGAAGCAAAUGAAGGAGACGAGACGAAGGAGAAAUCACAAGAGGAUGAGGCUCGCCAAAUGGAGGAGAUCCUGCAGCUCGAGCGAGAGAUCGAGCGUCUGCAGAAGAAAAGAGAGGACGAAGUAUCGCAGCUCUGUGAAUCCUCUAAGCAGGAGCUGCAGCUGCGUCGGGAUGCUGAGCUCAAACGAAUGAAAAAGGAGGCGUCCCGUAAGGCCACAGAGCUCAUCGACCUCCUGAACUUUGGAGGUGUGGAUCCUUCUCUGGGGGCAGUUGGAGCAAAACCUGCAGCGGAGGCGAAAGCUGCGAAGGGGGCAACUACGGCCAGAGGAGCGUCUAAAGAGGAGGACGUGGAUGAAGGCUUCCACGCAGAGGAGGAGUGCAUCCCUCUGCCGGACUUCCCUCCUCCUGCUGAGACAGACGCUCCCCUGGAUCAGGACAUGUUUGCUCAACUCCCUCCUCCACCGCCUGCCUUUGCAGAGGGAACAGUACCUCCAGCACCACCUCCUCCGCCUCCCCUUCCAGCAGACGACAUGGUGGCUGCCGGUGGGAUUCCUCCUCCUCCUCCACUCCCGCCACCUGGAGACGGUGCUGCUGUACCUCCACCGCCUCCUCCUCCACCGCCUCCACUUCCCCCAGGAGACGGGGAGAAGAAGGACGGAGCCAAGACGGAGCCGGAGAGGAAGGUGAGCAUGGUGGAGAGUCUGGUGGACGGGGAGGAGCCCAUCUACAGCAUGCCGGCCGACACCGAGUCCGACUACGACCAGGAAGAGGAGGAGGGGUCCGUCACCGCCGGAGACGACAGCUCCGUGUCCGGUAGCAACCGUGGCAGCACCACGGUGCCGGAUGAGGAGCAUCCCAGGAAGUCGACCUGCACCAACGCCAGCAUUGAAUCCUACAGAGGCAGCUCUGACUCUUAUGCAGACAGUGAUGAUGAACAUGAUGGCAUGAUGGACACUGAUGAAGAGGUGACAAACGGCAGAGUGACUCUGCUUAAUGGAAACGGGCCGCCAUACUUCCACGGCUACCUCUACAUGAAGGCUGGUCUGAUGAUCCCCUGGAGGAGGCGCUGGUGUGUGUUAAAGGAUGAGACCUUCAUGUGGUUCCGAUCCAAACAAGAGUCUCUGAAGUCUGGCUGGCUCUACAAGAAGGGAGGAGGCCUGUCCACUCUGUCACGGAGGAACUGGAAGAUGCGCUGGUUUGUUCUGAGAGACAGCAAACUGAUGUACUACGACAACGACAGUGAGGAGAAGCUGAAGGGAACCAUCGACAUCCGAGCAGCCAAGGAGAUUGUGGACAAUCAUGAAAAGGAGAACGCUUUGAAUAUUGUGACAGAUGAGAGGACUUACCAGGUGUUUGCAGAGUCGCCAGAGGAUGCAAGUGGGUGGUUCAAUGUUCUCAGUAAGGUCCGGGUGUGCACUCCUGAGCAGCUGCUGGAGAUGUCCCAUGAACAGGCGAACCCAAAGAAUGCUGUGGGAACUCUGGAUGUCGGGUUGAUUGACUCGGUUUGUGCAUCAGACAACCCCGAUCGGCCCAACUCCUUCGUCAUCAUCACGGCCAACCGUGUGAUUCACUGCAACAGCGACACACCGGAGGAAAUGCACCACUGGAUCACUCUACUGCAGAAACCCAAAGGAGACGCCAGGAUAGACGGACAGGAGUUCCUUGUCAGAGGCUGGCUGCAAAAGGAGAUGAAGACGAACGCCAAGAGCACCUCCCUGAAGCUGAAGAAGCGUUGGUUUGUUUUGACCCACAACUCCCUGGAUUACUACAAGAGUUCAGAGAAAAACUCCUCCAAGAUGGGAACUCUGGUCCUCAACUCCCUCUGUUCUGUCAUUCAGCCGGAUGAACGGGUGCACAGGGAGACAGGCUACUGGAACAUCAUCGUGUAUGGGAGGAAACAUUCCUACCGCCUUUACACUAAGAUGCUGAAUGAGGCCAUGAGGUGGACGGCUGCUAUACAGGGAGUCAUAGACAGCAAGACCCCGAUAGAAACUCCAACUCUGCAGCUCAUCAGAGACAUCAAGGAGAACAGUGUGAACCAUGAAAUAGUGGAGCAGAUGUACAGGAGGAACCCCAUCCUCAGAUACACCCAGCAUCCUCUGCACUCCCCUCUUCUGCCGCUGCCUUAUGGAGAGGUCACCAGCUCAGUACAAAGGCAGCAGGGUUAUGCCAGCCUGCAGGAUGAGGCGGUGCGAGUUUUUAACUCACUGCAGGAGAUGGAGACGCUGGCAGACACUGUGCCCAUCAUUCAGGGCAUCCUGCAGACCUGCCAGGACCUGCGCCCUCUCAGGGAUGAGGUAUAUUGUCAGGCGAUCAAGCAGACCAAUCACGUGCCUCAGCCUAACAGCCCAGCCAAUCGAGCACACUGGCACCUGCUCACCUGCAUGAGCUGCACCUUCCUACCCAGCCGAGCCAUCCUCAGAUACCUCCGCUUCCACCUCAAGAGGGUACGUGAGCGUUACCCCGGCACAGAGAUCGAGCGCUACGCCAGUUUCAUCGGGGAGUCCCUGAAGAAGACCAAGACUCGUGAGUUUGUUCCCUCUCAGGAGGAGAUCGCCGCCCUGCUGGUGAGACAGGAGAUGAGCACCACCGUCUACUGUCAUGGAGGAGGCUCCUGCAAGAUCUCCAUCAACUCACACACCACAGCUGGAGAGGUUGUGGAGAAGCUGAUCAGAGGUCUGGCCAUGGAGGACAGCAAGAACUUGUUUUCUCUGUUCGAGCAUAAUGCCUUUACAGACCGAGCUCUGGAGAGCAGAGUGAUUGUGGCGGAUGUUCUGGCCAAGUUUGAGAGAUUGGCAGGCAGUGAAGAAGAGGAGGAGGAAGGAGAAUGGAAACUGUACUUCAAGCUCUACUGCUUCUUGGAUGUGGAGAGCAUGCCCAAAGAGGGAGUGGAGUUUGCUUUCAUGUUUGAACAGGCCCAUGAGUCUUUGAUAAGCGGUCACUUCCCAGCCUCAGAGGAGACUCUGCAGCAUCUCGCCGCUUUACGUCUCCAGUAUCUCCAUGGCGACGGGGCAGGUCGUGCAGGAUGGAGCCUGGGAAGCGUUUAUCCAAUCGGACGUCUUCGCAACCGCAUCCUGCACUCCACCAAGCCGGGCGUCGGCGCAGCGAGCGGGGCCGGAGGAGGAGGAGCCGGAGGUGCUGCAGAUGGAAAAGGCACAGCAGGAGGACCGGGUGGCGUCGGGACCGGAGCAGAGAAACGAAAGACCCCGAGCUUCCUGGACGGCACCCUCAGGAGAAGCUUCAAAACGGGGUCACUGAAGAAGCAGAAGGUGGAGGAGGAGCAGAUGCUGGAGAUGUGGGUGAAGGAGGAGACGUCCGCCACACGGACCAGCGUCCUGGAGAAAUGGACUCGUCUGCAGGGGAUGCCGCAGCACCAGGCCAUGCUUAAAUACAUGAGCAUCAUUAAGGAGUGGCCUGGAUAUGGAUCCACUCUUUUUGAUGUGGAGUGUAAAGAGGGCGGUUUCCCUCAUGAUCUGUGGCUCGGUGUGAGUGCUGACAACGUGUCUGUGUAUAAACGAGGUGAACCCAAACCUCUGGAGACUUUCCAGUACGAACACAUCACCUUCUUUGGAGCUUCGCAGCCCUGCACCUAUAAGAUCAUCGUGGAUGAGAGGGAGAUGUUCUUCGAGACUCCACUGGUUGGAGAGAUCACCAAGAUCAUGAGGGCCUACAUUAACAUGAUGGUGAAGAAACGCUGCAGCAUCAUGUCCGUGACCAGCGUCGCCAGUUCCUGGGUCAGGUGAUCGCCACCAGCCAAUCACAGCGCCUCGGUUCAUCCUUCCAGCGGCAAACAGACGCCUCAGCCCCCCCUGCAUCGGUUGGUUGGUUUUGAUGACGGCAGUCGCACCAAGCAGCCAAAUUUUCAAGGUUGAAUCAAGAGAUGUGGAUGAGCGUCAGUAAGCAAAACGGGGAACAGUGGACACAGAAGCCAAACGCACACUCUGCUGGCCUGGGUUUCACUUGGGAUAUUUAACAACGAGCAUGACAAAGAAAUAUUUUGGGGCUGUUCCGACAAAUACAUGACCCCCUCAGCUGUAGUCCUGCAUGUAGAUGUUCAAGCACACUCCAAACUUCUCUCCGAUUUUUCCUUUUCGGACAAACUAAAUUCAAGCACAACGCAGCCGCCCAGCCAGUCCCAGGUGGCUCCUCCACCCCCAAGUGCACUGCCAGACAGAAGAAAGCCACACUUUCUCACUUCAGUUUCUUUCUCUCUAUCUCACUCCUCCUCCAAUUUCAGUCUCUCUCUUUCUCUUCAUGUAUCCUCACUCCUGUUGCAUCAUUGUUUGCUAUUGCAAUUAAGUUUUAAUGCUGAAUUCUUGUUCUUGCUUGCUUUUCCCUCUCUCUGUCUUUUAUCUGUAACAUCAGCUAGAAUCACAUCUGAGAAAAAGGACUCGAUGGUGAUUCUUCUUCUUCGGGGCCCACAAAAACCCCACAUAGCCGCUCACUCGUCGGUGCCACUGUGUGGCCGCAAGAAGAAAACGCAGCCAAAGGAUUCUUCAGGAUGGCUUUAAAUAUUCCUGAACAAUAUCCUAUAGAUAAUCUCGAGGAGAAAAGAGUAGAGGGUUUACUUUGGAGGCUCUUUGGUCAGUUUGACACACAGAGUCUGUGCAUGGCUAAAAGUCUCUCUUGGCUCUACAAGGAUAAUCCACAAUAGUAUCCGACUAACAUUUCCCUAUUUAUGUCUAGAUAUAACACAUAAAUCUGUAUAUUCACAUAACUGAACAAACAUGUAUCAUUUUGUACUGUAUAUCACACAUUAUAAUAAGAGUUAUUAAUGAAAUUUUUGGUGGCCACUGCACUGUACAGUAUAAUAUAGAUGCCAUACUCAAUGCAAUGUGACACCUGUCAUGUAAAAUACAUGCAAGUGAGCGGUGUUAAAUAAUGACCACUGUAUGUCUGAAUAUGAUGCCAAUACUGUACAUCAUUCACUGGCUGUGCCAUUAAUGUGACUCACGGAAAAGUUAGAAACACAGACCAUAAUGAGACGUGGCUGCUAUCGUGGUCAUUGUUUUCACAGCGUUUUGAGGAAUUUCUCAUUGUUGUUAUUUGCUGCACUCACCCUGCAGCAUUAAUUGGAGCCAUAACAUAAUGUAAAUCCUGGUCUGCUCAAGCUAAUCUCACGUUUUUUUUUCUUUACCGAGGAGAUCAGGAGAUUUAAAUGAAAACGCAUACACGCUCCAGUUUGUCUUUGUCUCCAGCCUGUUUAUGAAAAUGUGACUUUUAUUAUUACUGAUAUUCUUAAUGUAUGCCCCCAGCUAUCUUAACCACCCUGAAGUGCUGUGUCUGGAUUGCUGCUGUGUGUGUGUUGCGUGUGUGAGUGUAUUAAUGGUGUAAUGCAAACUGUUGGAAAAGAAAAGGGAAAUGAGAAAAGAGAAGUGAUUUUACUGAGUGUAUUCCUUGGAAAUAAGCUGUAUUUACAUGACUAACCUUUGCAAAGAAUGGUGUUGUAAUUGUGAGUUAACGGCAAAAAGCAUGGGAUUUCAGGGGAGGGUUAUUUAUUUAUUAUUGUACUGUAUGUAUUGCAAGGUCUGUUUUGGAAAGUUGAAAAUAUACCGGACUUUCUUUUUUAGUCUCAGUGUAAGAGGAGCAGAUUAGACACUGUGAGGAUGUGGGUUUGGACUAUUUAAUUGUGCACUUGGAAUGCUGGAAGUCAUCACUGCUUUGUGUGUGUGUGUUUGUUUAUGGACUGAAAGUGUCACCGGACUGCAGUUAGGCAGCAGCAUCCCUCACGUAUAAAACCUCCAGAGACAAAAACACUGGAAACACAGUGUUUACCUCUGGACUAAUGAGGUAACACGGAAAAUUACAGUCCAAAAUCAAAACACAUUCCAGUGAAUUGUCUAAUUAAACUACUUUAUGUGGCAAUAAGAGGUUUAGUAUUUGCCCCAAACAAAAUUAUGCUGCUUUUUACACCAGAUAUUUAAGUGAAGUUCUUAAGGUGAAAUAGUCUGUUGUUUAUCUGGAGCACCACAUACAGAACAGGGCGGCAGCCAUGAUUUUAGAAACACUGAGGUUGUAAAUCCAAGAUACAAAAAGAAAUGUUGAUCAAACAGACACACAAAAAAAUUUUCACACUGUUUUAUUCAUAAAAUACCAGGUCUUUUAUUCAAAUUCAAAUAAAACAACUCCCAAAUUCACCUAAAUGUAUAAUUAUAAAUGUAGAAUGUAAACCAGCUUUGCUAAAGUACCCCAAGUUUCUUUAAAAAAAAAAAAAAAAAAUGACCUCAGUGUUUUUUAUUGUCGCUUCGGCCUUGACUGCAUACACACAACCCACUGGGAUCCUGCCUAUAGACGUAGAAUAAACAGAACUCACUCAGAGGUUCCAGUUUCGCUUUUGGUUUGGGCUAAAAUAAGUGCAAAACUGGAAAAAAUAAAGUCAAGUUUAUAAGCCAUAAAUAAGAGGGAACCUGGAGUGGUCUGUUCUAGUUAUUCUACUUCUAUGGUUCUGUCUGUCACUGAUAUUACACUGAGUAAGAAGAACUUGCCCUGUAGUUGCUGAGAUGUGAUCAGUAUGUUUGCUAAAGGGAGCAGACAAAUGAGAUUUUAAACUACCUGAUCACAAAUCUGUCAUCGAGGGCAACUUCAUCAUGAAGGGUCCUGUUAUCAGCCGCAGGCGGCCAGAGUGGGGCCCAUUCUUAUCUUAUGUUAUGCUCAUUAUCAUCAUUAAAUAGUAAAUCAUUGUGCUUGUUGGAAAAAAAAGAGAAAGAGAGAGAUAUGUGUGUUGUUCUUUUUUAUUUGUAACUGGCUUUACAAAGUUAUGCUUUAAUAAAUUAUUGAAAUUGUCCUCUA